CGUAGGCUACAUACUGCCCUGGUGCCCUUCCCACGAGAAUGCGGUUAUUGUCAUUUAAUUUAUUUUCCCAAAAGUUGCUUUAUAGCAACACCUCCACGUAUUUAAUCCUGUUUUGAUUAGCGCCAUUGGAUUAUUUUGCAUUAUUUUCGCGCCGCGAGCAGAGGAGAGAGUGCACGCGAGUAAUGCCGUCUACGAUGGAGGGCUCGUCGGGGGAAGGUGACCUGUUUACCGUGAAACACGAGCUCAGAAACGCCAAUCUGACGGGUCACGUUGAGCAUGUGGGCAUCGAGAACUUUGAGCUGUUGAAAGUGCUAGGAACAGGAGCUUACGGCAAGGUCUUCCUGGUGCGCAAAGUGAGCGGUCAUGAUUCUAGCAAACUGUAUGCAAUGAAGGUGCUGAAAAAAGCCACUAUUGUGCAGAAGGCGAAGACAGCGGAGCACACACGCACAGAGAGACAGGUCCUCGAGCAUAUCAGGCAGUCCCCUUUCCUUGUUACACUCCACUAUGCCUUCCAGACAGACACCAAGCUGCAUCUCAUUUUAGACUAUGUGAAUGGAGGGGAGCUCUUCACGCACUUGGUCCAAAGGGUUCGCUUUAAAGAGCAAGAGGUUACCUUGUACAGUGGGGAGAUUGUACUUGCACUGGAGCACUUGCAUAAGCUGGGAGUCGUCUACCGAGACCUGAAACUCGAGAACAUACUUCUUGAUUCAAACGGUCACAUCGUGCUGACGGAUUUUGGCCUUAGCAAGGAAUUUCAUGAGGUAGAGAGGACUUAUUCCAUCUGUGGCACUAUUGAGUAUAUGGCACCUGAGAUCGUAGCAGGAGGAGAGUCAGGACAUGACAAGGCGGUGGACUGGUGGAGUAUGGGAGUUCUAAUGUAUGAGCUGUUGACCGGAGGUUCUCCUUUCACUGUUGACGGCGAUGAGAACUCUCAUUCUGACAUUGCCGAGAGAAUUAUGAAGAAAGAUCCCCCCUUCUCCAAGGACAUGGGGCCCAUGGCCAAAGACAUUGUCCAGCGACUGCUAAUUAAAGACCCAAAGAAGAGGUUGGGCUCGGGGGCCUCAGGGGCGCAGGAUGUGAAAAGUCAUCCCUUUUAUCAGAAAAUGAACUGGGAGGAUCUAGCUGCUAAGAAAGUUCCAGCACCUUUUAAGCCUGUAAUUCGCGAUGAGCUGGAUGUGAGCAACUUUGCGGAGGAGUUUACGGAGAUGGACCCAACAUACUCACCAGCUGCACUCCCCAACAACUGUGACCGCAUCUUUCAGGGCUAUUCCUUCAUGGCUCCCUCCAUCCUGUUUAAGAGGAAUGCAGUAAUGGACGUUCCAGCUCAGCUGUGUGGCGGGUCAGAGAGGCCAGGUUCUGUUGCUGUUGCAAGAAGCGUUAUGAUGAAGGACUCUCCAUUCUACAUAAACUAUGAGAUGGACCUGAGGGAGAACGCUCUGGGUGAGGGAAGCUUCUCCAUCUGUAGACAAUGUACUCACAAAAAGAGCGGACAGAAAUACGCUGUGAAGAUCGUCAGUAAAAGAAUGGAGGCACAAACACAGAAGGAGAUUGCUGCUCUCAAACUGUGUGAAGGACACCCCAACAUAGUCAAGCUACAUGAGAUCUACCAUGACCAGCUGCACACAUAUCUAGUUCUGGAACUCUUGCGAGGUGGGGAGCUGCUGGAGAGAAUCAGGAGGAAGCAGUACUUCAGUGAGACGGAGGCUAGCCGCAUCUUGCGCAGACUGGUGUCUGCUGUCAGCCACAUGCAUGAUGUGGGCGUAGUGCACAGGGACCUCAAACCAGAGAAUUUGCUCUUCACUGACGACACUGAGAGUUCUGAGAUAAAAAUCAUUGACUUUGGCUUUGCAAGGCUCAAACCUCCUGACAAUCAGCUCCUGAAGACCCCUUGCUUUACUCUUCAGUACGCUGCCCCUGAGAUUCUCAAGUAUGAUGGCUAUGAUGAGUCCUGCGACCUCUGGAGUUUAGGGGUCAUAUUGUACACCAUGCUGUCUGGCCAGGUCCCAUUCCAGUGUCAGGAGAAGAGUCUAACACACACCAGUGCAGAGGAGAUCAUGAGGAAGAUCAAAAAGGGAGACUUUUCUUUUGAGGGUGAAGCUUGGAGGAAUGUAUCCAGUCAGGCCAAGGAUCUGAUACAAGAGUUGUUGACGGUGGACCCUGUCAAGCGGAUAAAGAUGUGUGGUCUGUGUAAUAAUGCCUGGCUGCAGGAUGACAGCCAGCUUUCCUCCAACCCUCUUAUGACCCCUGACAUCCUGGGCUCUUCCACUGCUUCAGUGCACACAUGUGUCAAAGCCACCUUUAAUGCCUUUAAUAAGUGUAAGAGGGAGGGCUUCCGACUCCAGACGGUGGACAAGGCUCCGCUAGCCAAACGCAGAAAGAUGAAGAAGACCAGCACAAGCACAGAGACCCACAGCAGCUCCAGUGAGAGCACACACUCUUCCUCCUCUUUUUCACAGUCUCAGGAUAAGACUCCACCAAGUGGAGAGAUGGCUAUCAUACCCCAGGUCUCUGUGAGCACACCUCUCACUCUGGGCCCAGACGAUGAGCCCUCUCAGAGCCAACCCCAACCUGCCUUCACCUUCACAGAGUGAACCUGUAUGAGAAUCAGACAGCAGGGUGGGACACACCUCUCCCACCAUUCCUUUCUUUCUCCUUCAUGCACUGCCAAGGCCACAUAACUCCAUACUUAGCAUGUGGGGAAAGUGGCACCAACCCAAAUCCAUUGCUAGCAAUAGAUGCGGAGUGCACUGAAGACAAGGCUAGUGAGCUGUCCUCAACAGGCUCAAGUCCUGCAUGGCCAAACAUCGCUGCAUCCUGUCCUGUGUCUCAAACAGGAGAAAGAACUUUGAGGAGCAUUAAAACCUUAAACUGACUAGGAGAAAAGUCAGCUUUUGCAAUGUCCUGUCCAACCUAGCACUUUGCUCCAUGCAAAGAAUAUCAAAGAAAGGAAUAUGUACUGUAUUCUUAAAGAAUAUAAAUACAAUUUAUUUAAGUUGAGAUGAUUGUGUAUACAGACUUUUCUCAUAUGGUACUGUAUAUCAGACUAUACCAGUUUGUCAGAUGCAACAACUUCACUUGUGCUGGGAGCUUUGUGGUGUUGCAUUUGUCUAAUAUCUUAACUUCAGUCCUUGACAUCUUCCACAAGAUUUCACUGAAGUAGCAACAAAUAGCUGUUAAGGAGUUCAAGCAUUUCAUUCAGUCAACAAUUUGUUCAAGUUUGAAUCAAGCCGUAGAUGUUUCAACUCAACGUCCGCAAAGCUUAAUGAAACUCUUUAUUGCAUUAUGAAACAUAACCAGACUUUGAAAUGACUACAGGCCAACUUUUAGUCCCGUAUCAAGAGAAAUGCCAGCUAAAACACGUCUGUGGCUUCCUGUCUGGUUUACCAUGUAGUGUUGUUUUGGCCCCAUGUAGAUGGUUGAUGCUUUGAGACAGGCUGUGGUAGAGACUGUGGCGUCUAAAAUGAUGCGCUUGCAUGUUUUUCCUCUUUGCAUCCUCCAUUUCACAAGCACUUGAGCUGAUUAUGUGGUUCUCAGUGUUUAUGCAUUUAGUUAGUAAUUUCUAACCGACCGUUUCGGUGGCAUUUCACAGUUGAAAAGGGAAUCAUUUUAUCUCUGGCCUAAAGGACCAUCUGUAUUAUUUGUGACGUGAUGGCAUUCGUAUUUUCGCAAGCACAACAAAUUUGUAAUUGAAGGCACUUGAAAUCUACGUUGCUAUGCAAAUGUUAUUUCUUCCUUUAGUAUGACUUUAACGGUUCUUUUUGUAACCUUUAAGUACCUUUUUAUGCAUUACAAAAAGUAUAUAAAACAGUGCCUGCAGAGGGCAAGCAUAACUGCCAUCUUUAGGGGCGGUCUUAGACUCCACCCUCUAAAUAAUCAUGCAUUCCACUUCCUGUGCACUAAGAUGGCAUAUCACAUCCUAUUAAUUAGAGAUAAACCGAUUAUUGGUAUAACACUUUUCUACUUAAUUGAUUCUUUAUCUUUAGCGGUUCUUCAUACGUGGGUUUCAUUUCUUUCUUUCUUCCAUGGAAUGUAAAAUUAUAUGUUUGGUAGAAUGUUAGCCUCAGUCACCAUUUACUUUCAUUGUAUGAAAAAAAAGAGGCGAUGAAAGUGAAUGGUGACUGAGGCUAACAUCUUUUGUGAUCUACGGAAGAAGGAAAGUCAUAAGGUUUUGAUAGGUGAGUAAAUGAUCACAGAAUUGUAUUUUUGGGUGUACUAUCCCUUUAAUAUUUAAUUCAUGCUUAAGAUGCUACAGAAAUGCGUGACUUGUAGCAUUUGAAGCUAAAUUAUUAUUAUUAAAGAUAAAAUAUUCACAAUGCAUAUUAUGUUUUUAUUGUUAUAGUCUAAUAGUUGCAUAUCGGUUAUUAAGCACGUUCGGUCAUACAAUAUUGAUAAAAACAACAUCUACUUUUAAAUGCUGAGGGCUGGAUUUGGACACAACAGGCGGGUGCACACGUCACGCACUCAAACAAACACACAGAAACUGGUGCUUCUGCCCACUUGAAACCGGGCAAAGGACAAGAGCAAUAAGACCAGCAGGAGCUCGGCUCACUUUCAUGCAUCUAAAAGUUGCUGCGUUCUGCCUCUUCUCCAUCACUGUUUUCCCUCUCAUUACUGCCACCCUCUUUUCUUUGGGUUUAUUAAUAGAACAGGAACAAGGGGAGGGCAGAGAGUCCUAAAUUAAACUCUCCUGGGAGAGAAGAUGAUUUGCUGUGGUGCAGUUUGUCCUAGAGUGAAUUCGUCCUUAAGGUUUCCUUGUUCCAAUUGCUUGACUAUUAAAAUGAGAGAGAGAACAACAUGGAGCUUGUUUUACAGCCCGAUAAGAUUUUUUUAGAGGUUUAUUCGUCUUGUUUUAGCUGUUAUGAGAUUAAAGGCCAUGUGUGUUUUUCUUUAUUCCAUUUACCAUUUGUAGAAAUGUAGCGAGCAUGUCAUAAGCAUCCGGGCCCUUAAACUGAAUGUGCUGCUUUGAUCUGCACACUCCAAUUUUGUUGCCCUAUUUUAAUGCUCUUGGUGGCUUGUAAAUUGUGUUGUCUGGAUUUGAACGGUAACCGAGAGGCCCUGCAUGCCUGUAUUUAUGAUAACUCCGGGUGUGGGCAGCUUCAACUCCACCUUGUUUUUGAAGGGGUUGUGGGAUUGUAAAUGGAGAGUCGAGGUAAUGCCUGGAUGUAAAUGAUGUCAGGGUGUUGUGGAUUUGUUUCGACUGCAUGGAAACUAGUUUCAGUUCUUGAGAUCUUUAGUUGAAUUGCCUUGUUCUAGAGGUGACUGAUUUAAAUUGCCACAGAGUAAAGUAAAAUAAAAUGCUAUAUUCUUAUUUCACUCCCAAAUCAAUAGAAAAAAAUGAAGUAUAUUUUAUAAGUAUCAUAAAAUGGAUAGAAUUGGACCAUUAAGAUUUUAUGUGAGAUUAUUUUCAUGACAAUUUUUUGCUUUCUAUUAUAUAGUAUAGACUUAUUUUCCUUUAUUGUUUCUUAUUAUUGUCUUAUUAGUUAUUUAUUUUAUUACAAUGAUUAUUGUAAUUAUAUUUUCAUUUCGCUGAUACAGACAUUUUUGUACUUUUUAAUAGUUGUUUAUUAUAUUAUUUGCUGAAUUCAUCCUUCAUAUUCUUUUUGCUAAAUUUUAUUUCUUAUUUCUUUGUUUUGAUUUUGAGGUAAAAUAUCAUCCUCUUUAUGGCUGUCUGAACAUGAAUUACUGGACAGAAAUGAAUAGAAUUAACUGUACAUAAUCAUCACAGUAAUUGACUUUUUGGCUAACAUGGUCAAACAACUGAUCUCAUUUCAUGGUUUGUUGACUUUGGCAUGAAGCUUUUAUUCCAAAAUAUGGAAAUUGCAUUAAAUGACAGGUAUUUAUUUACCUUAGCAGUUGAAAUUUGGAAACCUUAAACAGUUCCACAUUUGAAAUGGAUUAGGUAAAAUCAAUGCAGAUUAUUUACCUUUAUUUAAGUGUCUCCCAUUCCAACGCUCCACUUUUAUCUGUCUCCUCCGAUGUCUUGGAGAUCACUGUUGCCCCAAAAGUGAGCUAGUGUCUUCCCUCUGUGAACCUUAAAAACCCCAUAAAGAUGUUUUAUAAAUAGAUAUAUCCUUCUUAUUUCAUUUGACCAAAGUUAUGAUUCGUAGCAGUGAAACUUGAUGCAAAAUCUUACAAGCUUGAAUUUUCUGGUCUUUCUGUUAGGCUGUUGCCAAAAUGACCAAUGAUAUUGCGCUUCCUUCUUCCUGCAUUUACUGCUGUGGGACACACUUCCUCUCUGUUUUAACACUUUUUCAUGUAAUUUUGUUUGUAAAAAUGCUUGCGGUAACAAUCAUUCUCAGAACUAGCACUCCAGCCCAGACCUUUCCAUAUCUAUCACUGUGACCCCUGUUCAGAUUGUGAAAGAAAGGGGCAACAUUGAAAACGCAUGCAUUCCUGUUGUUUAGGUAGUGCAGCUGCCAAUAAAAUGAGUUUGGUCUCCAGUUUUAAUGAUAUCUUUUUUAGAUACAUUAAGAUACUCAUAGAUUGAAAUGAGGUUUUCCAAUACCACUCAGUUGUGGAAAUGACUAUUUCAUACUAGUCUUUAUUUUACUGUUCAGCUGUGUUCCAACAAGCUGGAUUAAACAGCAAAUGAAAAUUUGAGCAAAUUAAUUUAAAGGGAAUUUUACAGGCUGUUUUCCUCAAAGUGUGCGAUCAAGGGCUGCCACCGAGGGGCACUGUUCACAUAGAUUUGGGCCUGUUUGCGUUGAUGGUCAUUUUACACAGACCUACUUGAAUAUGACAUGAGCAUGGGACCUGAAUAGCUUACCAUAAUUGCAUACAUUUUUAGUUUUCAUGCUGGGCUAGAGUUCCUCUUGCAUUAAUUUAUUUAAAUUAAUUAUUAUUAGACCAUAAUGCUUAAAAGCACCAAAAUAAUGUCACGUUUAUAGUAAUAAUUCUAUAAACAAUAAUGAUUUUAUAAUAUGUGUGUGUGUAUAUAUAUAUAUAUAUAUGUAGUAAGCACCAAUAUACUCCACCACACAGUAUGACACUGAACACUGUUUAUGUACCCAGUGCUUUGUUUUAAAAUGAUAUUCUAUUGAAAGAAAAGGAUACGUUAUACAUGAAGAUUUUCAUAUUUUCAUAAAUUAGAAUUGAUUGGUUGUAUUCUUCUUUGUGUAAGGAUACAGAUGACAAAUGGAGUGUCUUGCAUGAGUGCUGUAGUCUCAGAUGAGUUGAAUCAACUCCGUGUGAGGGAGUGUGUGCUCCUUUUUUGAGAAAAAUAUGUUUGAGGUGGUUAUCAAAAAUAAGGGCUUUAAAGUUUUGUGUACACAUCGUAUUGAACCAGAGUAAUAUCAUUUAAAUUGCCCAAGGUGGAAUAAAACUUCUACAUUCCCAAAGUGUUUGUGUCAGUGUUCUGCAAUGGUGAGCUUGGACCCUUUUUGUGAAAAAUAAAUAAAAUGUGGAAGUUUGAAAACACAAAUUUAAAAAAAAAUUAAAUAUCUCCACUUUUACAGUUAUCUGUUUCCACUUAGUAGAGGUGCAAUGCAAAUGAGGAGGGGAACAACAAACUAAUUAUAAUAUUUUAUUUACUACCAUUUAUUUAUUUGUAUUAUUCUCCUGGAGCUAUGCUCCUGCACCUAGUUAUAGUUAUAUGUGCCCAAAUGUAUAAAAAAUGUCAGUGAAGUCUAUAAAUAUGUGAAGCUGUUAUCUUUGAUUGUAUUUAUUUAUUUAUUUUCAGAAAUGUGACCUGAAAA